UUUUUUUAAAUAUUUUAUAUGUUAUUAUGUGCGUUACUAAAUUUUAAGGCCCUUUUGUUUUUUUUUUGUAUGUUACUCAACACUGUUUUAGGCGUCACAGUUGGUAUGCAUCACUGCAGAAAAGAAAAAAUUGUCGAUUUUUCAAGGUAGAGAAAUAAUUUUCGGAGCAAAGAAAAAUAUAAUAAAAUCAGCACAAAAGAGAUUUUAAUUUAUUAAUACAAAAACGUAUAUUUAAUAACAUAUUAAAUAUGUCGGCAACGGAUCAAAUGCGAGCAAUGCUUGAUCAAUUAAUGGGUACCACACGAAAUGGCGAAGACGGCCGAGGACUGAAAUUUUCAGAUCUACGUGUAUGUAAAAGUUUUUUAUUAGACUGCUGUCCACAUGAUAUAUUGGCUUCAACACGUAUGGAUUUAGGAGAAUGCCCAAAAGUACAUGAUUUAGCAUUUCGUGCAGAUUAUGAGAAUGCAGCAAAAGCACGUGAUUAUUACUAUGAUAUUGAGGCCAUGGAGCACCUACAGGCUUUUAUUGCUGAUUGUGAUCGAAGAACAGAAGCAGCAAAGCAACGACUGAAAGAAACUCAAGAGGAGUUAACUGCAGAAGUAGCGGAAAAAGCGAAUGCGGUGCAUGGAUUGGCCGAAGAGAUUGGUAAGAAGUUAGCGAAAGCUGAAGCUUUAGGUGAAGCUGGUGAAGUUGAAGAAAGCAUGGCUUUAAUGAAAGAAAUAGAUGAAUUGCGAGCUAAGAAAAUUAAAGCUGAACAUGAGUAUCGUACAUCAAUGCCAGCUUCGACGUACCAACAACAAAAGUUGCGUGUAUGCGAAGUUUGUUCAGCAUAUUUGGGUAUUCACGAUAAUGAUAUACGGUUAGCUGAUCAUUUCGGUGGUAAAUUGCAUCUUGGUUUCCUAACUAUACGCGAAAAACUUAUUGAAUUGGAAAAAACAGCUGGACCACGAAAAGCUGAAUUAAAAAGAUCAGGGAAAAUUCAUGAACGCGAAGAAGAUAGAAUGCGUUCAAGAUAUUUUGUAGGCGGACGAGAAUUAGAUCGUCGCUCACGUGUACAUCGUUCAAGAUCACGAGAGCGUAGCCGUCGUGGUGGCGAAAGAAGUGAACGUAGCGAACGAUCUGAACGGAAAGAACGAGAAAAGGAAAGAGAACGUAAUGAUGGACGACGUUCCCGAUCACGAUCUAGGGAACGUGGACGUAAUAUGAAUUCGAGGCGUAGAUCCCACUCACGAGAUCGUUACAGACGCUAGAAACUAUUUAUCUAACUUGAAAGAUCGUUACUGGGUGAUAUCCUUCAGACUUGUUGCACUUCCUGUAACUGUGUAGCACUUUGUGCUUGAAACUAUUGUAUGGAACAUUCAGUGGCAUAUCGAAUACAUUGCAAAAAUAAUGCGUGUAUAGGUGCCUUUCGAUCGAUCCCCUAUUAGCAC